AUGCCUGCGCCCUUCAAGAAAUGUGAUGUCUGCAGAGGCAAGGUGCCCGUCCAGGACCCUCACUCCUCCUGCCUGUUUUGCCUGGGAAGAGACCAUGAUGCCAGAGCCUGCCACCUCUGUAAGUCUCUGUCCUCCCAAGCCAGGAAAAACCGGGAGUCCCGGCUGACUUCGGCCAUUGCCCUGGGAAAGGUCUGGGAGGGACGCCCCCGCUCGUCAUCGCUCCCUCCGGCUGCUCCGCCUGCGUCUUCUUCACGGGCCAGCGCCUCAAACCUGGCGGUGACUCCGACGUCUUCCAAGAAGAGGCGUCAUACCGAGACGUCCGAGGCACCUCCACCCAAAAAGUCCAGGUCCAAGACCAAGAAACAUACCGGGUCGGAGCGCCCAGCCAAGUCAGCGGACCAUGCGUCGCGCAAGCAACGCUCCCCCUCCAAGGAGACCUCGGAGAGGACCUCCUCGUGCCCUGAGGCAACGACCACAGUGCAUGCGACCACAGUGCCGACCACACCGCUUCCGCCAACUCAAGAUCUGGCCGCCGUCAGUGACAUCUCUCCUCAGAGGGAGCCUUCUCCACUCUCUGUCCACUCGGAUGAGGAAGAGGCUGCCCCGUUUUCUGACAUCGACGAGCCGUGGGGGCUGGACACGGACAUGUUCUUUGAUACCGAAACUCAAAGAUACUACAUGUCGGUCCCCAAGGAGAAGGCCUUCAGGGAAUUCACCAGACUUAACUUGCGACCUGCGAUUCCCCAAGGAGACAAGCCAUCAUCCUCUCAGGCUGUGGCCUCGUCCUUGGUGCCUCGUCGUCCGCCUUCCGAGCCACCGGCUCCACAAAUCCCGGCUCGCACCCCAUCCCGAGUCAGGGUGACGGACAUUCCCCUGACAUCUGACUCCGAUUCGGAUCAGGAUCCCUUGCCUCCAUCGCGGGAAUCUUCGGACGGAGAGGACGACCCAUCCGACCCGCCCUCGCCGCAGGAGAUGCAUCACCCUGGCUCCUCAUCACCUACCGAUGAUGUUCGCUCCUUCAGCGAGCACAUCAUUAAGAUGUGCCGGACCCUUGACAUCGAGCUGUCCCCGCCUGAAGAGGAGGCCCGCGACCCGGUAGAACGCCGGGUCCUCGGUCGUGUGCCCACCCCACCAUGCAUUCUGAUGCUGCCUUCACUGCAGUCCAUCGUGCAGAGAUCAUGGGAUGCUCCGACUUCGCUUGCCGCGUCCUCCAGGAAGGUCGAAACGCUGUACCGGAUCGCCUCACCGACCUGUCCGUGGUUGACCGACCAUCCCAAGCCGAACUCGGCCAUUGUGGAGGGGGCACAGCAGACCUUCGUGCCAAAACAAGCGACGUCCCCGGCCGACCGAGAGGCCAAAAAGAUUGAUGGUCUGGUGAAGAAGGCCUAUUCUUCGGCCGCCCUCAUCGUGAAGGCUAUAAAUUACAAUGCCUGUAUGGGGGCAUACAUCCAGGCCUUGAUGGAGGAGAUUUCGCCCAUCGUCCCUGACGUCCCUGAUGAUGUCCAAUGUCGCUUGGUGGAGAUCCGUGAUGAGGCCCACUCGAUAGGGAAUUGGAUCAUCACCGCCUCCAGGAACGUCGCUGACUGCGCAGAACGGGGCAUGGCAGCAUCACUAGCUCUGCGUCGGCAUGCCUGGUUGAGGGGAUCUGACCUCAACGCCAACGUUAAAUCGGCCAUUGAGGACAUGCCACUGGACGGUACCGGCCUUUUCCACGCCGACACUGACGAGCGUCUGAACCGCAAGUUCAGAAUGAAGGCUGCGGCUAAGAAGCACGGCAUGUCUUCCGCCCCCAUCUCGCCCUUCAGAAGGAGGCACCGUCCUUGGCCGCCGCAAGGGCCUGUGGUUUGCAACC